CAAACUUAGAGGCGCAUCAAUUGCAUAUCACAGAUCUUCAAUAGAUAGUGUGAAAUCUGAAAAGAUUAGUCACCUUUAACCCAAGAUCAAGAGAAAUGGGUUCCGUUCUCAGUUGUGUUGGCAGUACCAUCGUCCGUAUUGGUGCUUGGUUCGUAUCCGGUGUCAAGAAAGUAGUGGGUACCAUCUUUGAGCACAUUUGGAAAGCAGCUCACGCGUUCUUCAUAAAAGUAGAAAGUGCUGUGGAUAAAAUUGUUAAAUGGCUGAAACCGUAUCUAGAACCGGAAACGGUCUCUGCUGCGACCACUCAGACUUGUGGCGUUGGGGAUUUGAGAGCAUCUCCCAUUGCUGCGUCAGGGCAUCGGACAACUGUUCAGACUCAAGGUACUCGGCCACGGGUUGCGACUGAAGAACCAGCCCAAGCUCAAGUCCCGGAAAAUACGAGGGAAGUUUUCCAUGCCAUGGAAAAGUUCGGUGGCGACCUCCAAGAGUACGCAAGGGGCAUGAUAGAAGUUAUUGACGACAGUGAGCAGAACGGAAGUGUGGCGACAACAUCCCGCAAACUGGAAGAUUUGAACAAGCAGGAUUUCAUGAAAGACUAAACGAAUAUCAUGAAAAACUGGCGAGCUAUCCCAAAAGAUAUGACUUCUUAACUAUAACACUUUUAGACAAGUAAAAGAAAUAGCAUAUCCGCUUCAGUGCCAUCUCUUAUGCUUUACUCUAGAUGUACAAGCGCUGCGCGGACUAUCAGUUCCACAAGACGGACUGUUUUGGCUUAAAGUAGACUUCACAGUGUUUAUAUAAAAUUAAGGUUGCAUAGGCAGUUCGACUGUUGCUUGUUAUAGUAUGUAAAGGAGUUACGUCUUUUUAGAAAUAAAAUAUGCACUGUAAAAGUGAAA